AUGAAAGAGAUAGAUACUGUGUCGAAGACUAUAGAUACAAAGAAAAAUUAUGAGGUGGAUUUGGAUCAAGCUCUUUCGAUUGCAGGAAUGGGCUGUUAUAAUAUUAAAUACAGUUUAGUCCUGGCCUUAUUCUUAAUAGCAGCAAUUGUUGAAAGUGUCGGAUACUCUUAUAUUAUGCCCGCUGCCAAAUGUGAUCUGCAAAUGACUGACGCCCAACGGGGGUUCAUUUCUUCAAUUCCAUAUAUAGGCAUAGUAAUAACAUCGUUUCCUUGGGGGUAUCUAGUAGACACGCAAGGGAGAAAGAAGAUGGUUAUAUACAGCUCUCUAGGCGCCGGAGUCUUUGGUGUUAUAGCAGCGUUCAUGCCAGAACUCAUAAGUUUCACUAUUUUUAAAAUGCUAAGCUCUUUAUGUAUAGCAUGUCCAGCAGCAGUUCCCUACUCGUACAUUGGAGAGAUACUUCCACAGCGCUAUAGGGAUGUAACGCUUUCAAUUACAAAUGCUAUGCAAAUAUCAGGUUCUGCUAUAGUUCCAUUGAUAGCAUGGGCCAUACUUCCUCUGGAUUUUAGAAUCGAUUUUGGACUAUACGUUUUUAGACCAUGGAGGCUGUUAACAAUUAUAUAUUCCUGCUUUUUCUUGAUUGGUGCUUUAUUGAUGUCAUUUGGUCCAGAAAGUCCAAAAUAUCUAAUCUCGCAAGGCAAGCACGAGGAGUCUCUCCAAUCCUUAAGACUUAUAUAUUCAGGAAAUAAAAGAAAACCGUUGCAGAGUUACCCAGUUAAAAGCCUUAAGAUACCCGAGGAAGCUUAUAAGCAAAAACCAGCGUUUUUCAAUUCUCUAGUUAUUCAAACAAAACCCUUAUUAAAGCCCCCAUAUAUAAAAUGGUUGGCUUUAAAUGGAAUUUUAUUCAUUGGUGUAUUUGCAACGUUAAAUGGUCUAUACAUGUGGCUUCCGGAUGUUCUAAACAGAGUUCUGACCAGCCCGGGAAGUAGCGGUCUCACCGCUUGUGAUGUGAUAGCACAAAGACUUAAUGAGACCGUAACAGAAACGGCAGUAUGUGACGACACAAUGAAUACGAUGACUUUUAUGAUCAAUACAAUAGCAAAUUUUUGUUGUGCCUUUCUAGCUCUAGCUAUCAGUAGUACUGUAAAGCUGAUAGGAAAGAAAACCCUACUUAUUUUAGUUUACAUGAUUAUAGGCACAUUUUGUAUUCUCAUCAACUUUGUCACGCAAAAUAUUUUAUUCGCUGUACUGCUCUCAUCGGUGCCUCUCAUGGGACUUGCAAUUGGCCCAAUAACCGCUUAUGCAGUGGAUAUCUUUCCAACAAAUUUAAGGGGUAUGGCCAUUAGUCUAACAAUGAUGGUCGGUCGGAUGGGGUCCACAUUAGGGACUAACGUCGCUGGGAUUCUUAUUAAUGCUUCUUGCGAAGCGACCUUUUACUUAUUUGGAGGCUCACUAAUAUUCUGUGGUUUUCUGUCAUUUCUACUUCCAAGACCAAGACCAACAGCGAGUCCGAAAAAGCCAAAGUUACAAAAAAUAAUAACGCACCUC